AUGCCUCUCUACAUUCCAAAUCCUGAUACGUUUAUCUGUGCCGGGUGGCAGUGCGCCUGGGACGCGGACGCACUUGCCGACCUUCGGCAGGACUGGCUGCAGAGCAUCUACCGCGCCCUUCCCAUGCCUUCUGUGUGCGAAGAGAGCAUAGCCCUCUCCUCUGAAGCGUCCUCAUCCUCCUCCUUCCCAAGCUCCCCAGUUGCCACUUUCGUCGAAGUACUGCGGCAGAGAAGGUCAGCGCUGAAUGAAGCCCUCGCGCAGGAGCUCCAUUUGGGGAGGAGCCGGCGCUGGGGACGCGGUGCUGGCCAACGGGCGGGCCGCACUGAACACAACCUGGAAAAUCAGGAUAGUCUGCCAGCCCUAUCAUUGCCCGGCAGCGCCGCAGUGGGCGACAUAGCACUCUCUCGGAUGCAGGCGUCGUGGGUGAGGGCGGCAGCUCUGCACCUGCUGCGCAACACAGGCAGCGCCAGUGAAAGCUUCCCUGUGAAAGCCACGGCCAACGACUACGCAGAUGCCGAGGUGCCGCACCGCCGUCAUUCCAGCGCGGAGGAGGACAGCCAGAAGAACGUGCUUUCCGCCUACUGCUGGGCGGUGUGCGACGCAUGUGGCAAGCUCCGUCGUGUCGCACAGCCCUUCCCUGGCGGCGCCCCCUUCGUGUGUGCGAUGGCGGUGACAACAUCCUCAUCCUGCCGCGCCGCCCGCGGCGGCAACGCUCCGCAUUGCAACUCAGCGUCUAGCCUUGACCAUGCGUGUAGUGUGUCGGAGAUGGAAGGGCUUAUGCAAUGCAACAUGAAACUCUGCGAGGCAGAGCUAAUCUACGCCGCCCUCUCAUCCCCCUUCCUCCCAUACCCUCUCAGGUCACAGCUGUCCUCGCUCUGUCGGCGACAGACCAGCGUCAAGGAUCCCCAGGAGUCGGCAGAGCGAUUGAGCAGGGCUGAUGUGGCGCACGUUUUGCUUUCUGAGCCGCUACUGCGGACAAUUCGGUCCAGCGUACGGGAGUCGAUGAGGAAGGGGACCCCCAGUCGCACUGCUUAUCAGAGACAUCGCGCCUCUGGCGCCGCUGCCGCUUCCACUCCGGGCUCGACGAAGCCGCGUCGCAAGGCCUCAGCAUCGGAACUAAAUGACGCUGAUCCCGAACUGGCAGAGAGGGAGCUCUUCCUCUAUCGCUCACUCCCCAUCUUGCGCGAGCUUGCCCGCACCAUAAAGGCGCGGAGCAUCAGCGCCUUUGUGCGGCAGCUACAGCUCACCCCAGCGCAGAUUCAGGCAAAGCGUGAGGCGGUGAUGCUAGACUCCCUCCUCAGUGAUCACCAGCGCACCUCCAUUACCGGAGGCAGCAGCGGCACCGCAAAAGGGAGGGCCGCGGCGGUGAUUGCCACGACGAGCGAGGCAGAGACGGCGCACGAGAAGGUGAAGCUGGAGGAAGGGGCCACUGCGAGCACCGAACCUGCGGAGCGUUUACCACCGCACCCCACCCGCACACAGACAAGAGAACCGUCAUCCAAGUUAGCGCAGCUUUUUACUCCGGAAGAGGCACCGCCAGCAGCCAAGAAGGAACCUAUAAAAGUGGAAGCUGUCAGCGGCAGCGAAGUUGCCCUGCCUCGGCCGGUGGUGGAGCGGACACCAGCUCGAUCAAGGCGGCAGCUACCCUAUGAAACAGUACCGCGGACUUUGGAAUGCCAGCAAGGUCUCGAAAAUGAGACUGCUCAGCAGCCACAGCAGCAUACCGCCCCUGCUGCACCUCGAAAGCGCGGGCGACCACCUCGUCAGUGGACUGAAGUGCCGUCAAAGUCGGUGGUUUCUGGGUCCCAGGUAACUACAGAGGCGACGGUUGUCACUGGAGAUGCCAACACGCCGUCCCCUCGCCGCCGCCGGCGGCGUUGCGAGAAAGUUCCAGGGAAGGAGGAAAAGACAGCAGCGAGUAGUGUGGUUCCUGCAGGAAAGGGUGAGGCAGUAGCAGAGCUGGCAGGCUCACUGGCACCGCCGCCACGUGGACGACCGCGCGGACGGCCACUCGGAAGCGGCUCAGCGAAGCGGAGGCACAGCCAAGGUUCCAAGGACGAAGAUGCGGAAGUGAAGGCUGCAAAUGGCGGCAAGUGGGAGGUGGUGCAUUGGGUGCAGUGCGAUCUGUGCUGCAAGUGGCGCAUCGUACCGAAGCGCGUGCCGGCCAAAGUCAAGUUUUGGGAGUGCACGAUGCGCUACGACGAGGUGCGCGGCCGGACCACUACCUGCGACGACCCAGACGAUGCCGAGAUCUCCCCGUGA